AUGCAUGUUUUGCAUAACAAGAGUAUCACUGCUACCUUUCAUGAAUUCAUCCUGCUGGGUUUCCUGUGUAGCCAAGAAAUAGAGAUUCUCCUUUUUGUUUUAUUCUCCAUCAUCUACAUCUUGACCUUGUUGGGCAACAGUGCUAUUAUCUGUGCUGUGUGGUGGGACCAGCAACUCCACACUCCCAUGUAUAUUUUAUUGGCCAACUUCUCAUUCCUGGAGAUCUGCUACAUCAAUUCCAAUGUGCCCAGCAUGCUGUUCAACUUCCUAUCCAAGACCAAGACCAUCUCCUUUCAUGGCUGUAUCCUACAGUUCUACAUCUUCCUCUCUCUUUGUGCCACAGAACUCUUCUUCCUGGCCCUCACAUUUGACAGAUAUGUUGCCAUCUGCCGUCCACUGCACUACCCAACCAUAAUGACCAGGAAAGUCUGUGGAACCCUUGUGUCUGCUUCCUGGGUGGGUGGAUUCUUAUGGUUAGUCACACCUGCUGCUCUUAUCUUGCAAGUUCCAUUCUGUGGCUCAAAUGUCAUUGAUCACUACCUCUGUGAUCUUGGGGCAAUGCUGGCCAUAUCAUGUGUCCCUGUCCCCAAGACAGCUCUGACUUGUAGCACUUUCAGUGCUGUGAUAACAUUCAUCACUUUGUUCUACAUUCUUGUGUCCUACAGUCUGGUACUUCGAGCUGUGGUUCAGGUUCCCAAAGGUUUAAGUAGGAGAAAAGCCUUCUCCACUUGUACCUCCCACCUGAUAGUUGUGUUCCUAUUUUAUGGCUCAGUCACAGUGAUGUAUGUAAGCCCAGGGGUGGCCAGUCAGCCUGGGCUGCAGAAGUUCUUGACCAUGUUGUACUCAAUUGCAACUUCACUUUUAAAUCCUCUGAUCUACAGCCUCAGGAAUAAGGAGAUGAAGGUUGCUCUGAAGAAAAUUAUGUGUAAACUUUAG